GACACCAGCAGACAUGUGUUAUUUAUUGCUCAGCUGUGGGAGAAGACGAACGCUCGCACGGCCGGCUCUGGAAAUAGAGGAUUAAAAAAAAUAAAGCGCGUCGUUUUUUUUCUCUCCAGCAACUCGAGGAGAGGAAGCAUUGUGUCUGAUAAUAGCGACACUACCACGAGAAUGGCGAGUCCGCCAAACACGGGAGAUCAGCCGUUAUUGCCCAGUAAUACGAACGGGAACAACAACAGCAUCAAGAAAUGCGGAUAUCUAAAGAAGCAGAAACACGGACAUAAGCGCUUUUUCGUUUUAAGAGAGCCGAGCGAAGGUUUACCUGCCCGGCUGGAGUACUACGAGAGCGAGAAGAAAUGGAAAAACAAAUCGGCCGCGAAGAGGGUUAUUCCUCUGGACUGCUGUCUCAAUAUCAACAAGAGAGCGGACGCAAAACACAAAUAUCUUAUUGCUCUUUAUACCAAGGACGAGUAUUUUGCCGUGGCUGCAGAAAACGAGCAGGAACAGGAGAGCUGGUACCGGGUGCUCACGGAUCUAAUGGCAGAGGGGAAAGUGUACGACGGCUCGGCGUCCAACUCUGCGUCCUCGCUGGUUGGCUUCGACGAGGCGAGCUACGGGGUAAUAACGCCGGUUUCCGCCGCCUACAAGGAGAUAUGGCAAGUCAAUCUGAAAUCCAAAGGCUUGGGACAGAGCAGAAAUCUGAUCGGGGUGUACCGGCUCUGUCUCUCCAGCCGGACUAUCAGCUUCGUCAAGCUGAACUCGGAGGUUGCCUCCGUCAUUUUACAGCUGAUGAAUAUCCGGAGGUGCGGCCAUUCUGACAGCUUUUUCUUCAUUGAGGUUGGUCGGUCUGCAGCCACGGGUCCAGGGGAGUUCUGGAUGCAGGCUGACGACUCUGUGGUGGCGCAAAAUAUCCACGAAACUAUCUUGGAGGCGAUGAAAGCCAUGAAGGAGCUGUCGGAAUUCCGUCCGCGCAGCAAAAGCCAGUCAUCUGGUACGAACCCCAUCUCCGUUCCCACACGGAGGCACCUGCACCAUCUCCCCCCCAGCCAGACCGGGCUCCCCCGUCGGUCGCGCACUGACAGCAUGGCUAUGACCAGCCCUGUGAGCAAAUUUUCCUCCUGUCGGAUACGCACGGCCAGCGAGGGCGAUGGCACCAUGGUGCGGCCCAUGUCAGUGACCGGCAGCCCCCUAAGCCCGGGGGUCCACAGGACCCUCCUGACCAGAUCUCACACCAUUUCAAUGCGCCCUUGUCGGACAUUUGAAUCUUCUUCCCUCCAGCACAGUAAGUCCUUGUCUAUGCCCCUGCAUCCUACCCCACCCAUAGCCACCCCUAGUCUGGGGAACCUGUCCUCCUGCGCAGACAGCAGUGCUCCUCGCCCCUCCAGCUGCAGUGCCUCCUUCUCAGGAUCCCCCAGUGAUGCUGGUUUCAUAUCAUGUGAGGAGUACGGCUCCAGCCCUGCAGACGCACGGGACCCAAGAUUACUGCUCACCCUCCGUAGUAACACUCCCGAGUCCCUCAAAGCUGACACUCCCCCCUCCCGGGACGGCAGUGAGCUCGAUGGCUACAUGGUGAUGGAGCGGCAGAAUGGUUACCGCCGGUUACCGGAGCUGGACAAGGCUUACCGAAAGCGAACCUACUCCCUCACUACCCCCCGCCAGCAGAGAGGUCCCCCCCAAGUAUCUUCUGCCUCCCUGGAUGAGUAUACUCUUAUGAAGGCCACUUACACCAGUGGAAGCCAGUCUUUUCGGAGGUGUCACACUGCCUCCCCUAAAGGCAUUUAUCCCGAGGAUUUCAGGGAUGUUCACAUCAGCGUUAGUGGUCUCCAAGGUGACAGUGGCUAUAUGCCCAUGAUGCCAGGUUUGGGACAACAGACACCAGGGUCCAAGCAUGACUUCUACAUGCCCAUGAGCCCCAUGUGUGUUUCUGCACCAAAGCAAAUCAUAAACCCCCGUUCACACUCCUCAGCGGGGCUGGCCCCCAACACAGACUCCCCUGGGAGUGUUUCUCUGGAGGACAGUGGCUAUAUGCGGAUGUGGUGUGGAACCAAGAUGUCAGUGGAGAGCACUGAUGGAAAACUCACCAAUGGUGAGUACCUGAACAUGUCUCCUGUUGACCCCCUGGUGUCUCUCACACCCCCAGACUACAUCCUAAGUCCUACAGGCGGAGAUCCCUACCCCCAGCAACCUCACAGACAGCCUUAUUAUUACAGCUCUCUACCACGCUCACUUAAAGGCCAGUUGCAGCGCAAUGGGUCCACAGACAAAGACCAGUACGUGGUGAUGAGUUUACAGAGAGAGCGGAUAGAAGAGGAGUCAAACUAUUGUCCUGUCACUCCAGGCGACAGCAGCUCUCCGGGGGCACCAAGCACCAAUACCUCUGCCCCAUCACCGCUCAGAGUGGCUCUGGCGGAUGGAGGUCUGGUACACCGGAAUCGGUUGUGUCGGCCCACCAGGCUGGCUCUGGAAUCCCUCAAGACACUACCAUGUAUGAGCGAACACCCGCUUCCCUCAGAGCCACGCAGCCCUGGAGAGUACAUAAACAUAGACUUCAGUAGUGCUACUCGCGACCCGCUUGCAUCCACAGUGUCAGCAAGCUCCGAUUCCUCUGUGAGUUUUAUGUGUGCAGAGAGGGGAUCGCUUCCACUCUCAGACUAUGCUAAUGUUGACCUCAGCUCCCCGGGUCACCUUGGCUCACACCCCCAGGGGUUCCCCCCUGCAGGGUGCCUGAACCACACGCCUGAAGUCUUGACUUGUCCUAGUCUGGUGAAAGCCCAGGUGGAAGAGAAAAAAAGCACAGAGACACAGGCAGAGGAGAGGGGGAUGGUAGAGGAAUAUCCUCUCCAACAGCAGGUGAGCCUGGUGUGUCAGCCGGCUCCAGUCAAGGAUGACUACACUGAGAUGACUUUCAGUCCACCUGCCCCUGUAUCUGCUCUAUGCACCACUGCUGAUGCUCCCCUCCCCACCAGCCCCACAGCCUGUGUCCAGAGACUCAGCCUGGAGAGCAGCAUUGUGGAUGGGGUGCCCCCUGUGCAAGUGGACUCUUUUCUCCUGGGGGGUCCUUCGUUAUCUGUCCCCCUUGUGGAUCCAAACAGAGGGGCCAAAGUUAUCCGGGCUGACCCUCAGGGGCGUCGGCGGCACAGUUCUGAGACCUUCUCCUCCACCACCACUGUCACACCUGUGUGCCCAUCCUUUGCUCAUGACACCAAACGGCACAGCUCGGCCUCUGUGGAGAAUGUAUCCCACACUGUUUGCAGCUCUGAGGGUUCUGACGAGGACUAUGGCAGCAACAGCCCCAUGUGCAGGGAGAUGUCAGCUGGUUAUCAAAAUGGACUGAACUACAUUGCCUUAAACUUGAUGGAGGGAAACCUUGGAGGAUGCAGGUUAGGGGGCUGUGAUGGACUCCUGAGGUUCAAGACGACAGCCUGUGGCUGCAAGGGGGGCAUGAAUGGUUUCAACACGAGCCCCUACGCCAGCAUGGGAUUCAAAGAGACUGCCACUGCUGUGAAAGAAUGAAGGCUCCCCCUUCCUCCCUCGUUUUCCUGUGAACGUAGGAUCUCACUGCAGCCGAGUGAUGAGGUCGCCACAGCGACAGCUGGACCAUGUGCUGCAGUCGAUGUCCUUUGACCUCUUUGCCGCCUUCGAGGGUCACAGUGACGGCCAUCACCAUGGCAACACGGACACGUGACCCUUGCCCCUUGCCCCAAAUCUUCCCUCUGCUUUUCUCGGCACCAAAACAUUCAGGCGCCAUUGCUGCUGUUGUACUAGAUUACUUACAAAUAAUAAGAACUUAAACAGACUAUUAACUCUAACCAUAGAUAGGUUACUAUUUAUCCCUGUGCAUAGGCCUGCAAAAUUAUUCUGCAGUAUAAAGUUAUUUUGCUUAUUACUAUUGUUAUUAUUACCCUUCAUACACUUUCAACUGGUCUUUUGGCUGCCAGAUCCUCUCACCUGAAAACCUGUGAACCAAACCUGGAGAGCAAAGUGUGCACACACAUACACGCAAAAAACCUUUCAUGCAUACAGAUUACAUAUAUUUAUUUAUUUAUUUAUCAUGUAUGUAUGCAUUUAAUGAAGCGUGUGUGUGUGUGUGUUUGUGUGUGUGCAUGUGUGUGUGUGUGCGCGUGUGUGUGUUUGAAUUUGUAUACAGAUUGUACUGCAAAAAGAGCUGGCAUUUAUGAACAUAUUUAAAAAUCAAAGUUAACAUUUUGCAAAAAAAAAAAAAACCUACCUCAGCAAAACCCAGGUUGGUACCAAUUCACACAGUAGAAAUAUAUAUGAAAUAUUUAUUUUCAGAGGUGAAUGUUUUUUUUUUUUUUUUUAAAUCACCAAUCCAAAGCCUUACUCAAGCCAUCAGACCAAAUCUGAUGGACCUUUUAAGUUUGGACCUAUAAACACGCAGUAUAUCAAAGAUUGAACCGAUCAUCUAAUAGACUGAAUGUUCAUGAGAGCCCAAUGAGAGACAGCCUCUCUGAUACUAGCCUCUCUUUCUCUCCCCAUCACACAUUUAUGACAGGAUUAUGUAUUAAAUAUCCAGAGUAAUAUAUUUAUUAAUAUGCCUGAAAUGGAGGAUUCAUACGCUAACAGAAUACCCAGAGGACUUAAGAGGAUACCUGACAUUGCAUUGCAUAACACAUGCAUUCAAGGGUCACACAUCUAAACAAUGCAGCAUGAACCAGGUCCAACUGGACCUAACCACCAGAUCUUUGGCCUGUCAGAGCCCAAGUCUCGGCACCUUUAUACACUUUACCUACUCAGCCACUGUUCACCUGUGAUAUCCUGCACACCCACACACCCUGCAGGAAGUUAUGACCUGUCAGGAUAAGGGACGAGGGGGACAUGAAUGUUUGAAGUUAUUUAUACAAAGUAACUGGACAGCUCAGAAUCUUACGUUUUCUCACCUGAUGCCUCAUUGCGGAGCUCUGUCACACCACAUGGUUGGCUGCAGGUGCAGGCAGCGCUGGGCAAUGUAUGACGCAGUCUGUUCAAUGAGCCGCUCGAUAGCUUGAAUCUUCUUUGAGCUAAGAGAGAGCCAGAUGGGACACGCCGGAGAUAAUGCAUGGUCUUGCACUUACAAACUUUGUAGAUUGUAACACAAGACACAUUGAAUGUAGUACAUGCUGUGUUCCGUGCUUGGGGAAAACACAACCCGACAAACACCCCAGCAACUGUAACAACAACAAUGAAACAUUCAGAGGUACUGAAUCGGAACUAUGACGCAGAUACAAGCCUCUCUUUAUUCAUUUGAAUUCACUGGUACUUAAACGUUGCCUACAUACUGUAAAUAGUGCGGUGUUACAGAGAAUAACAUUAAAGCAAACGCUGAGAAACUUUGAGAGAUGUUAAGUUAAAUAACUUAUGUUGUUUUUACUGUACAUAUUAUGUGUUUGAGUGAACUUUCUGAUACAACAAAAGCACUAAUUAAGUUAUAUGCUAACCAGUAUGGUUUGGCUUAGAUUUUUUUUAAACUGUCAUGGGAUAGUCGUGAAAUGGAUGCCACUAUGAGGACAUUUUCUAAUGCUGUAAUUCUGAAAAAAAAAAAGAUUUUAGGAGAAAUCAUUAAUACUUGACAUGAUUAAUUCUUGUUACUUAGGUACAACUCAAAUGGCAUAUAUGCAAUAUUUACACUUUUGAAAAUUAGUUUACAAGAUGUACCAAAUGUAUAAAUACUGUUUGUUAAACCUUAAAAUCAGAUUUUUUGCUGUUUGUACAUCUUUUUUCUCCAAAUUUGAAAUGAAAACUUUUUUGUGUUUGUUUUUUGCUAAUCAAGCCUCUUGGUGUUUUGAGCAGUGUUUUGCAUUUGGAUAAUGUUUCAAGUUUUUAUUCAGCAUCUAAAGGUUACGAUAUGGGCUUAUCUUGCUGUGUCUUUCAUUGUAAAUAUUUCAUAUCUUGCAUAUUGUGAUGCUACUAAGAGAUGAUAAUUUAAACUUAGUUCAUUGCUUUAGAUUGUAUUGAUUCUUUAUAGACACAUGCAAUAAAUAAUGAUGUUAUU